UUUUGUCUUCAACAACAAUGCCUCCAAUUUGUACCAAUAUUUUUCGUCCAAUGCUGCGUCCUCUUUCCCGUUAUGCGCACUUGAAUGGAACUCCGGGAAUUUACAAUACUGUUCCGAAUUGGAAGCCUGGACCGGGUUGGCGACCACAGAGUCCACAAGGACCUUAUCUUGAUGGCUGGGCUAUGGGGUAUUGGCAUUAUACUCGACCACACAAUCUUCCAUUACUUUUUGCUAAAGCGGCAGUCUACCUUGCCUCUGCUUUUUGGCUUCCAUUUUUCGUUGUGGAAUAUCAAUUGAAGAAGUCAAAGGCAGCAAGUUGAGAGCCUGAACGUACUCUAUAGACGCUUUAUGAGAAAAAAGUUUGGAAAAUUGUCUAGGA